AUGCAGCUGAAAGACAUCAUCGCCUACCGCCGCCAGGAGGCGAGAUCAAGCCGCAUCCAGGCUCGUGAACUCCCAAACCUCGUCACCGACGAGGGUGCCUUGGAGGGCUACGGCCUGAAGCAAGGCUCCAACGAGAGAAGUUCUACGACGCGAGAUAAAACGCAUCAGUCGAUCGGCAAAUUCGUGGAUGAGUUCAACAAAGACAAGAAGCACCACGAGGGCAUCACACCUCAGUACCCCAAGGAGAUCACCAUCCCCGGCACCGUGUACCCGGAUGCCGAUGGGGACAAGGGCAUCCAGAAGGCCCAGACAGACUGGUUAGAUGACGUUGACUACGACGACGACGCGCUCGAGAAGGUCGGCGCGAUGCCGAUCGCCAUGUUCUCCUGGCGCGGUGCCCAGCGCGCUGCCGAGGCCGGCGGCAUAAUCCGCUUCCUGACCUUGAAGGACAGGGACGACCUCGUGGACGGCAGCUACUGGGCCACGUUCAAGGCGUACGAAUUGACCAAAGAGGGUACCAACGUGGAGGAGAUCCUGCGAUACAAUGACGAUGAGAUGGACAAGCAGCCCAAACCGAUCUGGAAGAAGGGCGACAAGCCGCUCGGGUCGGCUGUCAACUGGUCCGACUGGAAGUCGAAGAAGGACGAUGCGGAAGAUGAGGUGGGGAAAGACCAGUUUGAAAAGGACGAGGAUAGACUCAAGGACGAAGCCAAGUCCCACUAA